CGUCUAGUUUAUGGUCACACAUCGACAGCUUCGUUUUUUUCAUUAUUUUCACAGGUUCUAAACCGUUUAGAGCCGAUUUGUCUCUUGAUUGACAGGAAUUUCAUUUCGCUGGCUGCCUAAGUCAAUUUUAGUUCUUCUGUUUAUGAAUUGUGGAUUGUAGCAAGACAUUACACCUUUCACCCACAGACAAGGUUUUCAUGGAUCGCAGCCUGGACUCUAUGGGCAGCUGUUCCCUUGAUGCAGAUGCCGACUCCACCGACAAAUCAGCCGCCAGUAGCAGCAUAAGCUUCCCCACGCCGUUUUCUGUAAAAAACAUCACCCGCGAGUUCACUGUAAACUUUCGGGAGCGCUGUGUUCUACGCUCGCCUCAGCAGACGCAGCAAAGCACGUCGUCCUAUGUUGGUUCCGGGUCGCCGGACCUAGUGCGUAUGGUACUCUCGCCCGAGUCUGACGAGUCUACUCGAGAGUCGAGCUCUUAUGCCAAUACUACCGUUGGAAAUUCGCAAGCUGCCGAUAAAAAGCCCAGCUAUUUAAGUCUGGCCUGCUGCGUCAACGGCUAUUCUAACCUUACCACCUAUGAUUCUAAAGUCCGUCAGAAUAUUAACAAUUCACGUGAAGUUUCCCCGAUCCGUCCCUCCACCAGCAGUCUGCAUUAUUGCCAGCACAGCCAUACCUUGGUUGCUCCAAUGCUGCACAGCAUGCCCUUUCCGACCAAAAAGGGAAAUUUUGUUGAGUCCAACAAUACUAACGACUUCAACGGUGUUAACGGUAUGGAAUCUGCCCACAGCAAUGAAAAUGGUAGCUUCAUAAAGCAGAGAGUGGAACGUCUUUACGGGCCGGGCGCUCUGGCACAGGGCUUCUACAGCCCCAAAAAACACAUAUCGUUGUCAUCUCAUGGGGCAGUGCGGUCAGAAAUAAGACAGCGCGAAAUGGAAUCCCCACAGGACUCGGAAUUGGCGGGGAAGGUCAAACAGCUUUCCCCUAGUAAGGACUACGGGGAGUUUCGAAAAAAACUACGACAUAACUGCUUACAAAAUGCAACAGCUCGAAUGGCCGACCAUUUUCUUUCAGAUUCAAGCGGAAAUAUAGAGCUGCCGGUUUUCAAGCACCUUAGUGUCGAGUUCCGGGCGCAAUUGCCAGCUGUGUCGCCAAAAAGAGGCUGCGCUCGAUCUGGCAUCGUACCUGCGGUACAGGGAUCUGAGUUGAGACCAGAUUUUGGGCCCAUUGAUGAAGUCGACCAUAAACCCGCGCAACUAGUCGCUUUGACCCCAGAGGAAUACGUUAGCGCUGAAAAAAAAUUGUCUGAAGCUGUCAAGGACGGAAACUACUUUCUCCACAUACUAAAGGACGAACAAAUGCGUCUGCUGGCGCUGGCUGCUCUCGCUGAAAAAUAUGCUGACGCCUUGUCUACAAAUCCUGAUAUCACUGAAGACACCUUUGGGCUACUACGAUCGGCAUCGGGCAAGGCUCGCCUUCUGGUAACGCAGAAAAUGAAACAGUUCGAGGGCCUUUGCCACAACAAUCUCAAUCGCUCGCUGGAGGAUAAGUUUCCAACAACAGUUGACGAUUUACAAGGAUUCUGGGACUUGGUUUACUUGCAGGUGGAACACUUGGAUUCUGUUUUUGCUGAUAUUGAGAUCUUAAAAGCAAACAAGUGGAAGCGUGUGCCCGAGUCAGCCAAUAUUGACCCAGUAAUCGGUAAAACGAUAAAAUCCGAAAAAAUUGAAGUCUUGCAAGUGAAAGCAACCGGAAAGAACAACUACGGUAUUAUCAAUGGCUCGAAGGAUCUUCAACAGAAUUCGGCAGCAUCAUUAAAGCGCGAGGCGCAAAGAAAGCAGUUGCUGGAAAUGAAACGUCAGCGUCGUAAAGCUAUGGCUACGGUGACCACUGAUUUGCCGGUAACGAUUGUCGAUACUUGUGUAAAUUCUAAUGCGAAAGCUAAAUAAUGGUCACUUCGAAAAUUAACUCCACAUUUCUAGUUAUUGCUGUAUUAAAAAAAGUAUACUCACGCGUAAUGCAUUAGUAUGUAAGUUAAAGAAUAUAACAAUUUAUUAUAUAUAUUCUAAGAAUUGGGUUGUUAAUUAAAUCCGUAACUAUUCCCAACUAAAGUGUGCGUGGAGGGAGCUCCGUAGCCUUAUUUUAUAACUAACACGAGUUGUCACAAGUCUACAAAACAACCAAGGAAUGUGUUAUUACCAAAGCAAUUAGAGCACUUUUGUGUACUAUUAUUGUAAGCGACUGGCCGGAAUUGUUAUUCGCGUAAGAUUUCUUCCGUAAUUGCUUUGAACACUUUAAUUAUAAACAAUAAACAUUUAAAAAAGA